GAGGUAGGAGUGUGUAUGUGGGUGGGGGAGGAAAUAGCAAAGAAGGUUCCAUAGCAGUUAGAAAGUUUCCCAGGCAUCUGAGAUGACGAAUGAAACUUCAGAGCUCAAAAAGCCCAUGAACCUUAUGAUAGAAAGACCAGUGAUGAAACAGUACCACCGGGUUCGGCCUGUAAUGAUGAUGAAAAAUUGGUCUGUAUACUCCGGUCGGACCUUCUUUUCUGCCCCUCAGUGGUUAAUCAUACCCAUCUGCACUACAUUCAGUACUUUUGGCUUCCUGGCAUUGCUUGUAUGUUGUUCUGCUGCUAACAGAUGGGCACUGUUGAUAUCGAUCGACCAUACAUGGGAGCAAUAUAUCGGCAUUUGGCAAGACUGCUUAACUGAAAACUGCUGGACAGAUAUUUUUAUUUGGCCUGCCCUCCAGACUGCUCAAGGUUUCAUGAUCACAGCUGUCCUUUGUAGUUUCCUGCUCACCGCAUGGUUGUAUGGUUUUUUCUGUACUUCUCCUUCACUGAAGAUACACUGCCAUCUUGUUUUCAUUGUCCUUUCGUUCUUGGCAGGCUCUUGUCUCUUCAUUGCCAUACUACUGAUUAUGUUCGUUUUGGAAAAAGUAAAUGCAUCGUAUAACACUUACUACAUAUUCCUGUGGCCUUUUUACAUGCUGUGGAUAGCUUUUGUUCUGUUCCUGAUUUCCUGUGUCUUGGGAUCCUUUUCUUAUAAGGAGUCAGGCCAGAGAAAAAGGAGAAUAACAAAUUUAAUAAGGUCAGAAUUAUCAGUGGGAAAUGAGUGCUUAAAAACAUUUCCUCUCCCCAAAACUCAAGAUGAAAUCUUAUACCCUCCUACGUUGCAAGAGAAGAGGUCUUCCUUGGUGAACUGGACAACAGAUAGUGACAUUUAUGGUGCAUUUGGGGAUCUGUAAAUAUGUGAAGAAGCCCAGUGGUGAACAUUCUAUACUAUUUAUAAAAAUGUACGCAACCAUG